AUGGUCCAACUUGUCGCGGCUCAUCAACCAUUCAUACGGAAACACAAGCUUUUGCAGCUUACAUUCCAACAACUUUCAAAUACACAGACAGCCCUGAUAAAUUUGCUCCAUAAAUGGCAAUCUUGUCUUGAUAAUUCUGGUAAAGUUGGUACUAUUCUUAUGGACUUAUCUAAAGCAUUUGACUGUCUACCACAUGAACUCCUAAUUGCAAAAUUAGCAGCAUAUGGUUUCGGUCAAAAUAGCUUAAAACUUCUUAGGCAUUAUCUUAGUAACAGAUUCCAGAGAGUGAAGAUAGGAUCAGCUUACAGUAUGUGGCUUGAGAUCCUUCUAGUAGUGCCUCAAGGUUCAAUAUUAGGUCCUGAAUGA